CUGAAUUUCUCGGAGGGUAAUCUUUUAUCUGGGCUGUCGGAGAACAACGUGAUCGGCAGCGGUGGAUCCGGGAAAGUUUACCGGAUUCCAGUGAAUAAUCUGGGUGAUAUGGUGGCCGUGAAGAGAAUAUGGAACAGCAGAAAGUCAGACCACAAGCUUGAGAAAGAAUUCAUGGCGGAAGUUGAGAUUCUCAGUUCGAUUCGACAUAACAAUAUAAUCAAACUCCUCUGCUGCGUUUCCUGUGAAAGUUCACGACUGCUCGUUUACGAGUACAUGGAGAAGCAAAGCCUGGACAAAUGGCUACACAAUAAGAACUCACUGCCAAGAAUUGCAGGGUCGGGCGCUGUUCGCGGUGUCGCCCUCAAUUGGCCGAUGAGAUUUCAAAUUGCAGUGGGGGUAGCACAGGGCCUCUGUUAUAUGCACCAUGAAUGCUCCCCGUCGGUAAUUCACAGAGACUUGAAGUCCAGCAAUAUCUUACUAGAUUCAGAAUUCAAUGCCAAAAUAGCAGACUUUGGCUUAGCCAAGUUGCUGGUGAAGCAAGGGGAACCAGCUUCAAUCUCCGCUGUCGCGGGCUCCUUCGGAUACAUGGCUCCAGAGUAUGCCCAGAUACCGAGAAUUAACGAGAAGAUCGAUGUGUUUAGCUUUGGAGUUAUACUUCUAGAGUUGGUGACCGGAAAGGAAGCUCUUACCGGCGUUGAAGACUCGUCUCUGGCUAUGUGGGCUUGGGAGUUCAUUAAACAAGGCAAGGCAAUAGUCGAAGCAUUGGAUGAGGAUGUGAAGGAGACACGUUAUCUUGAUGAAAUGUGCAGUGUGUUCAAACUAGGACUGAUCUGCACUUCCAGUGCGCCAACCAGCCGGCCGAGCAUGAACCAGGCUCUGCAAAUCUUGGUCCGCAGCCGGACCAUGGCACCUCAAAACCAUGCAGAUCAAAAAGUACAGACUCGCUGAGAGAUAUGACGAUUACUUGAAAGAUGUAACCGUCAAGGUUCUCUUCAGUGGUGGAGACUGGAGAGGACCCGGCACUCGAGCCACUGCUCCGAGCACAAAUGGCAAUGGAGUUGACGGGUCGACACGGUUUGUUUGUAAACUUCGAAUAACGAUCCCUGUCGUGUAUAUUUUAGCUGAACCACAAUGAUGAUAAAAGAGAAGUCGUUCAGCUAAAGCAGGGCCAAACGGUUUCGGCUUUCAGCGCAAAAGAACCGUUCUUCCAAGUAAAUGAGUAUUGAACACUGAUGAUGAGAUAAAAUGGAAACCAGAAAGAACAAUGAAAAAGGAACUAUUUUAUUUGUAUGCUUGAUGACAAUUCUAGUUAUCAUCCAUUGAUGGAUUAAUCUAAUUCAAAAGGAGGAUUUCAACAGCCUG